AUGUGGCUGCUGUCGGAUACAUAUCACAACCAGGGCGGAAGCGUCAAUGGCAGUGGGUUUUUUCAUAUCACCAGGGGCGUCAAGCAGGGAGACGUGCUGUCGUCGUUUUUAUUCAACAGCGGUUUAGAACACGCCGUGAAGCGAUUCAAAGACCGAGUUCGUGGGAGCGGCACCGACGUAGGAGGGUCAGAACGAUUGGCCAAGAUACUAUACGCGGAUGAUUUGUUGCUGUACGCCGCGGUUGCUAGCGAGGCAAUGUUCAUGCUGAAAGUAUUGUGCGAAAAGCUGUCGAGGUGUGGCCUGGCGCUGAACGCAAGCAAAGCCAAGGUGUUCACGAACGACACUGGGUACUCAUGGCUGCACAUGCUCUGA